UUGUCAUGUUACAGUUUCAUUUGAAACAUGAAGAUCUACAGUCUUUUAGUUUUUGCAACAUUUUGUGUUAUUGCAAUUUUAGCUAAAAGUAGAUUAACAUGGCUCGUACAAAGAGUUUCAUGUACCGUACACGAUGAAACUUCAGUUUCAUUGGAAAUGUGUAUGUCAAAAGCAGUUAAUCGAACAACAACUUUUAUUCAUGUUGCAGGAAACUUCACUAAAGAAGUGAAAACAUUAUUGGUACAUUCGCAAUUGUUCAAAAAAUCAGAAAUCAAAUACAGACCAUUUCUGGUAAAUGUAACUGAUAACUUUUGUGAUUUUUUUUCAAAGAAAGUAGGAGGUGCCUAUUUGAGAAUUGUUUGGCCCUUGAUAAUGCCAUUCACAAAUAUUAACCAUCAGUGUCCUUACUAUGGUUACCACUUUAUUAAAAAUUUACCAAUUGAUGACGAUAAAUUACCAGAGGUUUGGCCAGUUGGAAUCUAUUUACUUAAGAUUACGUUUUUAGAUGGACCAAAUAAUAAACUGCUUACUGCGGAUGUUUAUUUUGAAGUUAAGGAACAACGAGCUGGUUAAUAAAUAAAGUAUCUAUUACAAUUUAGCAAAAAUUAA